CCAGCACCAGCCAAAAUCCAAAAAGCGCUCGAAUAGUGCAUUAGAAAGAGCCGACCCCCGAUUCCCCUCAUUAUUUUUUUUGGUGAUCCGAAAAUGUUUCCUGUGAUCUGCCUGGUGCUGUGCAUCACCGUAUCGGGAUCCGGACAGCCCCACGCCCGUGCCAGUGAUCUUUACUACACCGACAUCACCGCCGUAACAGAUGAGACGCGAUACACCACCCUCAAUCCGGACAUAACGCUCACCGAGAUGAACAAGGUGAAGCACACCAAGGGCAACAUCGUCUUCACCUCGGGAGAGCGGACAUCGGGCGACCGACUCAUUGUGAACCACUACGAUGACGAGAGCUUCCCCACCCCAAAGGACAUCGAGGUGCUGAUGAGCUAUCCGGCCGGAGCCAGCACCGGAGUCACGCUCACCUGCAUCGAGGUCUAUGUGGACCAGUCGGCGGACGAUGCCGGCGGCUAUCUGAGCAAAGGUGGCAUCGGCCAGACCAACGUAGAGAUCCUGCUCACCUCCAACCUGACCCGUAGCUUCGUCUACGAGACGUUCAUCUACGGCUACUAGGGCAGCCAGCCCCACCAGCUCCUCUCCCAGACCUUUCAGACCUUCAAUAAAUGUUUCGCUUGGAACCCAACUGUGAUCGUGAACUCAAGACCCUGCCCCUGUCCUUCCUGCCGAGAGUAUUAUUAGUCUUAGACCUACAUUAAAGAAGGAAAUCCAAACAGACUCCUAUGCAAAUCCACACAUAUUGUCUUUUCUUAUCUAAAUUGAAAAAUAAAGUGUACCUCGUUGGUUGGUGCUCUAUCGAAACCAA